AAAAUAGUUGCAACGGAGGGUGUUAACAUUUAUUCCAAUGAUAUAGCGGUUAUUCUCAAUACUUAUGGCGUCAAGGCAGCAAGAACAGCUAUUCUAAAGGAGGUUUCGGGUGUUUUGCUGUAUAACGGUAUCGAUACUUUUGAAGGAAAAUACAAACCAUUCAAUAGAAUUGGUUUAGAUACAAGCAUUUCUCCUUUAUUAAAAAUGAGUUUUGAAACUACUUUUCAUGGAGAUACUGAUUUAUUGGAUUCACUAUUAGCAAGAUUAGUAUUGGGUAAAGUUAUUCAAGGUGGAACAGGAUCUUUUGAUGUUAGA